AUGUGGCGCUGGGCUUGGGCGCUGGUGCUGCUGGCGCUGGGCUCGGGGGUCCCGGGGGGGUCGUGCCGGGGGGGAUUGCACUUGCCGGCCCCCGGUGGGCGGGCCCGGGUGGUCGCGGUGACCCCGCGGGACCACCGGGAGCUGCUGAGGCGCUUCCCGGGGCUGGCGCUGCUCCCGCGGGACCCCCGGGAUGGGGAACCGCGAGAUGGAGAACCCCGGGAUGGGGAACCCCGGGAUGGGGAACCCCGGGACAAGGAACUGGUGACAGAGGUGCCGGAGCAGCCGGUGGUGGUGGUGGUAGAGGAGCAGCUCCAGCACUUCGGGAACCUCGAGGAGGAGCCCAAAGUCAUCGGGUACUUCCAGGGACAGCACUCGGAGCGUUUCCGCUCCUUCAUGGCGGCCGCGCGGCACUUCCAGCCCUCGGUGUCCUUCUUCGCCACCUUCGACAGCCGGGUGGCGCAGAGGCUGAGGCUGAGGUUGAACCAGAUCGACCUGUACCCCCCCUUCCAGGAGCUGCCCCGGACCCUCGGGGGGGUCCCUGGGGACACCCCCACCAUCGUGACCUUCGUGGAGCAGAACAAGCGGGCCACACUGAGGAAACUCAAACCCCAGACCAUGCAAGAGGCCUGGCAGGAUGCAAUGGACGGGAUCCACGUCGUGGCCUUCGCAGAGGGGGAUGAUCCGGAUGGCUUCGAAUUCCUGGAGAUCCUGAAGGACGUGGCCCGGGACAAAGCGGAUAACCCCCAGCUCAGCAUCCUCUGGAUCGAUCCCGACGAUUUCCCGCUGCUCGUCCCUUACUGGGAGGAAAUCUUUGACCUCGACCUGUCCCGGCCCCAGCUGGGGGUGCUCAACAACACCCACGCUGGCAGCGUGUGGCUGGAGAUGGAGGAGGAGGAUCUGCCAGGCCCGGGGGACAUCCAGGAGUGGCUCCGGGGGGUCCUGGGGGGGCUCAUCGGCCCUGGGGGGGACAGUACUGAUGAUGACGAUGAAGACGAUGAAGAUGAUGAUGAAGAUGAUGAUGAUGAAGAUGAUGAUGACGACGAAGAUGAUGAUGAUGACCUUGAUGAUGAUGAUGAUGAUGAUUAGGCCAUAAAAUCCCCCCAAAAAGAACCAGGGUGUGUCACUGGGGGGGGUUGAUGAUGGGGAUCAGAUCCAGGGGGUGAGAUCCCUGUGAAAGACCCCUGAGGUCCCCACACGAGA